GGCAUCCGGUGCGCGUUCGCGUUCUACUAUCCUACCGCGAUUAAGUUUAGUCGUUGAAUCUUCCCUCACAAAAGAAAGCCAACACAGAAAAGACGAAACAGUGAAGUGGCACACAUUGUUCGCGAACUUCGAAACAACCCCCGUGUGUGCAACAGUGACGAGAUGGCGUCGUUAAAGUUUGACGAUAAUAAAAUACCCUACCUAGACCUCGGCAAAGGCUAUCGGAUCACGCUCGAAAACGACGAGUAUACCGAUGCCAAGUCCAAGGAAAAGGCAGCCCGGGAACUGCGCGAAACACCGGAGGUGGUGGAAAAGUCCAUGGCGGAGUUACGGACGCUGCUGCAAGCGGAGAAAUCCCUGUACGUACCGAUGGAUGAUGAUGCCUUUAUGAUCAAGUUUCUGCGCCCGUGUAAAUAUUACGCCCAGAGUGCGUUCGAGCUGAUUAAACGCUACUAUCGCUUCAGAAUGAAACAUCCCGAUCUGUGCGAUGAGCUGUACCCAUCUUCGGCGAAACACGUCUACGCGGAGGGACUGGUCCACUUCCUGCCGCUACGAGAUCAGCACGGAUCGCGGAUUCUGGUGCUAGAGUGUGGCAAAAAAUGGAAACCAUCUACCGUUUCGCUCAACGAUCUGUUCCGUGCCGUCCAGAUCGCCCUGGAGGCAGGCAUGUACGAGCCACGGACGCAACUUAACGGUGCGGUCGUCAUUCUCGACAUGGAAGGACUCUCGCUGUCACAGAUCAUGCAAUUUACGCCCAAAUUUGCCGCGAUGGCUCUCGACUGGAUACAACAGUGUAUAGCGAUGCGCCUUAAAUCCGUGCACAUUGUCAACAACUCGUACCUGUUCAACAUGCUGUUUGCAAUCUUUAAACCGUUCCUUACGGAUAAGCUACGCAAACGGUUAUUCUUCCAUCAAAAGGAUUGGAGCUCACUGAUGACUCACAUCGAUGCGAAAUGUCUACGGCCCAAGUACGGUGGAACACUCGAAUGUCUGGAAACCGACGGUACACUGUUGGGAGAGAUGUUUGAGCUGUACCACAAGGAGUAUGAACUUGCCAACUCUUUCGGUUUCCUGCGGAAGAAGGAUUAGUUAGUAACAAUUGGGCGCACACGGAUAUCCUGUUCGUCAGCAUAAUGCACUACAGCAAAUGGGAGAUUAGAAUUUAAAUCAUGCUAAAAGCAUGUUGUUUUGUAAAAAUAGGGUUUUGCGGUACUUUAGCCGGGAUGGUUAGCAAUAGACGAACGCAACAGUUCGAGUACAAUAAAUGAAUCAACCUGCACCAA